UCUCGCGAUCUUUGGGAAGUUCCGUUGGGGAAGAUGGCGGCGGCCGCGAGCACCCUUCUCCUCUUGCCGCCCGGGACUUCAGACUGAGCCUUCCCCGGAAGAAUAGGGGCCGCUGGUGCGCUGCUUCCCCGGAGCUCAGGCCUACUUGGUUCCCCGCUUGGAGCUGGGGAAAGGCUUACCCUCCUGUGGCCGCCCCAAGACCUCACCGCUGUCGGGAUGAAGGCUCAGGGGGAAAUGGAGGAAUCGGAAAAGCUGAGUAAGAUGAGUUCCCUCUUGGAACGGCUCCAUGCAAAAUUUAACCAAAAUAGACCUUGGAGUGAAACCAUUAAGCUUGUUCGUCAAGUCAUGGAGAAGAGAGUCGUAAUGAGUUCUGGAGGGCAUCAGCAUUUGGUCAGCUGUUUGGAGACAUUGCAGAAGGCUCUCAAAGUAACAUCUUUGCCAGCAAUGACUGAUCGUUUGGAAUCAAUAGCCAGACAGAAUGGACUGGGCUCUCAUCUCAGUGCCAGUGGCACUGAAUGUUACAUCACGUCAGAUAUGUUCUAUGUGGAAGUGCAGUUAGAUCCUACAGGACAGCUUUGUGAUGUAAAAGUGGCUCACCAUGGGGAGAAUCCUGUGAGCUGUCCAGAGCUUGUACAGCAGUUAAGGGAAAAGAAUUUUGAUGAGUUUUCUAAGCACCUUAAGGGUCUUGUAAACCUGUAUAACCUUCCAGGAGACAACAAACUGAAGACUAAAAUGUAUUUGGCUCUCCAAUCAUUAGAACAAGACCUUUCUAAAAUGGCAAUUAUGUACUGGAAGGCAACUAAUGCUGCUCCGUUGGAUAAGAUCCUUCAUGGAAGUGUUGGCUAUCUCACUCCACGGAGUGGGGGUCAUUUAAUGAACAUGAAAUACUAUGCCUCUCCUUCUGAUCUGCUGGAUGAUAAGACUGCAUCUCCUGUCAUUUUACAUGAAAAGAAUGUUCCUCGAUCUUUGGGCAUGAAUGCAUCAGUAACAAUUGAAGGAACAUCUGCUAUGUACAAACUCCCAAUUGCCCCAUUAAUUAUGGGGUCCCAUCCAGUUGACAAUAAAUGGACCCCUUCUUUCUCCUCAGUCACUAGUGCCAACAGUGUUGAUCUUCCUGCCUGUUUCUUCUUGAAAUUUCCCCAGCCAAUCCCAGUAUCUAAAGCGUUUGUUCAGAAACUGCAGAACUGCACAGGAAUCCCAUUGUUUGAGACUCCGCCGACUUACAUUCCACUCUAUGAGCUCAUCACUCAGUUUGAGCUGUCAAAGGAUCCAGAUCCCCUGCCCUUGAAUCACAACAUGCGGUUUUAUGCUGCACUUCCAGGUCAGCAGCACUGCUAUUUUCUCAAUAAGGAUGCUCCUCUUCCAGAUGGCCAAAGCCUGCAGGGAACACUGGUUAGCAAAAUCAUGUUUCAGCAUCCUGGCCGAGUUCCUCUUAUCUUGAAUAUGAUCAGACACCAAGUGGCUUAUAACACCCUAAUUGGAAGCUGUGUCAAAAGAACUGUUUUAAAAGAAGACUCUCCUGGGCUCCUCCAGUUUGAAGUGUGUCCACUCUCAGAGUCUCGCUUCAGUGUAUCUUUUCAGCACCCUGUGAAUGACUCCCUUGUGUGUGUGGUAAUGGAUGUGCAGGACUCAACACAUGUGAGCUGUAAACUCUACAAGGGGCUGUCAGAUGCACUCAUCUGUACAGAUGACUUCAUUGCCAAAGUUGUUCAAAGAUGUAUGUCCAUCCCUGUGACGAUGAGGGCUAUCCGGAGGAAGGCUGAAACCAUACAGGCUGACACCCCAGCACUGUCCCUCAUUGCAGAGACAGUCGAAGACAUGGUGAAAAAGAACCUGCCCCCGGCUAGCAGCCCAGGGUAUGGCAUGGCCACAGGCAACAACCCAAUGAGUGGUACCACCACACCAACCAACACCUUUCCGGGGGGUCCCAUUACCACCUUGUUUAACAUGAGCAUGAGCAUCAGAGAUCGGCAUGAGUCGGUGGGCCAUGGGGAGGACUUCAGCAAGGUGUCUCAGAACCCAAUUCUUACCAGUUUGUUGCAAAUCACAGGGAACGGGGGGUCUACCAUUGGCUCGAGUCCGACCCCUCCUCAUCACACGCCGCCACCUGUCUCUUCGAUGGCCGGCAACACCAAGAACCACCCGAUGCUCAUGAACCUUCUUAAAGAUAACCCUGCCCAGGAUUUCUCAACCCUUUAUGGAAGCAGCCCUUUAGAAAGGCAGAACUCCUCUUCCGGAUCACCCCGGAUGGAAAUAUGCUCGGGGAGCAACAAGACCAAGAAGAAGAAGUCAUCAAGAGUACCACCUGACAAAUCCAAGCACCAGACUGAAGAUGAUUUUCAGAGAGAGCUCUUCUCAAUGGAUGUCGACUCACAGAACCCUAUGUUUGAUGUCAGCAUGACAGCUGAUGCGCUGGAUACACCUCAUAUCACUCCAGCUCCAAGCCAGUGUAGUACUCCCCCAACAACUUACCCACAACCAGUACCUCACCCCCAACCUAGUAUUCAAAGGAUGGUUCGACUAUCCAGUUCAGACAGCAUUGGCCCAGAUGUAACUGAUAUCCUUUCAGACAUUGCAGAAGAAGCAUCAAAGCUUCCCAGCACUAGUGAUGAUUGCCCACCCAUUGGCACCCCUGUUCGAGAUUCUUCAAGCUCUGGGCAUUCUCAGAGUGCCCUCUUUGACUCUGAUGUCUUUCAAACUAAUAAUAAUGAAAAUCCAUACACUGAUCCAGCUGACCUUAUUGCUGAUGCUGCUGGAAGCCCCAGUAGUGAUUCUCCUACCAAUCAUUUUUUCCCUGAUGGAGUAGAUUUCAAUCCUGAUUUAUUGAACAGCCAAAGCCAAAGUGGUUUUGGAGAAGAAUAUUUUGAUGAAAGUAGUCAAAGUGGGGAUAAUGAUGAUUUCAAAGGAUUUGCAUCUCAGGCUCUAAAUACUUUGGGGAUGCCAAUGCUUGGAGGUGAUAAUGGGGAGACAAAAUUUAAGAGCAGUAGCCAAGCUGACACAGUUGACUUCAGUAUUAUAUCAGUAGCUGGUAAGGCUUUGGGUCCUGCAGACCUUAUGGAGCACCACAGUGGUAGUCAGAGUCCUUUAAUGGCCACCGGAGAAUUGGGGAAAGACAAAGCUCAGAAGAGGGUAAAGGAAGGUAACGGUACUGGUGCUAGCAGUGGGUCAGGCCCUGGGUUAGACAGCAAACCAGGCAAGCGCAGCCGAACUCCUUCCAAUGACGGGAAGAGCAAAGAUAAGCCUCCAAAGCGGAAAAAGGCAGAUCCUGAGGGGAAGUCUCCAUCUCACAGUUCUAAUAGACCUUUCACCCCACCUACCAGUACAGGCGGGUCCAAAUCUCCAGGCAGUUCAGGAAGGUCUCAGACUCCCCCAGGGGUUGCUACCCCACCCAUUCCCAAAAUCACUAUUCAGAUUCCCAAGGGAACAGUGAUGGUGGGGAAGCCCUCCUCUCACAGUCAGUAUGCCAGCAGUGGUUCUGUGUCCUCCUCUGGCAGCAAAGGCCACCACAGCCACUCCUCCUCCUCCUCCUCCUCCUCUGCUUCCACCUCAGGCAAGAUGAAAAGCAGUAAAUCGGAAGGCUCAUCAAGUUCCAAGCUGAGUGGCAGUAUGUAUUCUAACCAAGGGUCCUCUGGAUCCAGCCAGUCCAAAAAUCCAUCUCAGACUGGGGGAAAGCCAGGCUCCUCCCCCAUUACCAAACAUGGACUGAGCAGUGGGUCCAGCAGUGCUAAGAUGAAACCUCAAGGCAAGCCGUCAUCACUUAUGAAUCCUUCUGUAAGUAAACCAAACAUAUCCCCUUCUCACUCAAGGCCUCCUGGAGGCUCAGAUAAGCUUGCCUCUCCAAUGAAGCCUGUUCCUGGGACCCCCCCAUCCUCUAAAGCCAAGUCCCCUAUCAGUUCAGGUUCUGGUGGCUCUCAUACGUCAGGAACUAGUUCAAGCUCUGGCAUGAAGUCAUCUUCAGGGUCAGGGUCCUCGGGCUCAUUGUCUCAGAAAACUCCCCCAGCAUCUAAUUCUUGUACACCAUCUUCCUCCUCAUUUUCCUCAAGUGGUUCUUCCAUGUCAUCCUCUCAGAAUCAGCAUGGAAGUUCCAAAGGGAAAUCUCCUAGUAGGAAUAAGAAGCCUUCUUUGACAGCUGUCAUAGACAAACUGAAGCAUGGGGUUGUUACCAGUGGGCCUGGGGGUGAGGAUCCAGUGGACAGUCAGAUGGGAGUGAGCACAAAUUCUUCUAACCAUCCCAUGUCCUCCAAACAUAACGUGUCAGGAGGGGAGUUCCAGAGCAAGCGGGAGAGAAGCGAUAAAGACAAAUCAAAGGUCUCUACUUCUGGAGGCUCAGUGGAUUCUUCUAAGAAGACCUCAGAGUCAAAAAAUGUGGGGAGCACGGGUGUGGCAAAAAUUAUUAUCAGCAAACAUGAUGGAGGCUCCCCUAGCAUUAAAGCCAAAGUGACUCUACAGAAACCAGGAGAAAGUAGUGGAGAAGGGCUCAGGCCACAGAUAGCCUCUUCAAAAAACUAUGGUUCUCCAUUGAUCAGUGGUUCCACUCCAAAGCAUGAACGUGGUUCUCCCAGCCAUAGUAAGUCACCAGCGUAUACACCCCAGAAUGUGGACAGUGAAAGUGAGUCAGGUUCCUCUCUAGCAGAGAAAUCUUACCAGAACAGCCCCAGCUCAGAUGACGGUAUCCGACCACUGCCAGAAUACAGCACUGAGAAGCACAAGAAGCACAAAAAGGAAAAGAAGAAAGUCAAAGACAAAGACAGAGACAAAGACAGAGACAAGAAAAAAUCUCACAUCAAGCCAGAGAAUUGGUCUAAGUCACCCAUUUCUUCAGAUCAGACAUUGUCUAUGACAAAUAACCCAAUCUUAUCUGCAGACAGGCCUUCAAGGCUUAGCCCUGACUUUAUGAUUGGGGAGGAAGAUGAUGAUCUUAUGGAUGUGGCCCUGAUUGGCAAUUAAGAACCUUAUUUUCUAAACAUAUGUCCAGAGAAGAAACUAAUGAUACAUUUACAUGUAAACCAACACAAGGGGUGAGUCAGACAGGCCUGAUCUGUAAGAUUGCUGAUGGGCAUGGCCUCUACACCAAGCUGGGUACAUUUAUACAAGUAUAUCUAAACCCUGCUAAAGGGACCAUGGGGUUGGUUGUUCAACAAGUCAUAUUUCUUUGCCAGAAAGAAAUGUUAAAAAAUACUUGCUUAAGAAAGGGAGGGGGUGGGAAAGGUUAUAGAGAGGGAAGGGUGGGAAAACUGUUGUGGGAAAUAUUCAUAUAUAUUUUUUCUCCCUUUUUCCAUUUUCAGGACAUGCUUUAAACUCAUUUUAGUGCAUGUAUUUGAAGGGCUGGGCAGAAAAUGAAAAAAGCAAUACAUUCCUUGAUGCAUUUGCAUGAAGGUUGUUCACCUUUGGUAGUUGUCCAUUGGAAGCAUGGGCAAGGGAAGGACUUUGGCAGUUUUGGACACUGCAAGCAAUGUUUGGUGUCUGUUUCUUAGGAGUGAUUGGGGGAGGGAAAAUUAUUUUAGCUAUUUAUUUGUAAUAUUUUAAUCCUUAAUGUUUGUUUUUAUGCAAUGUUUGUUCUUCAAUCUAUGGAGGUUAUGGUUCACAGUGAUAGGCAGGAAGGGCAACGUUUGUUUGGUGGUGGGGAACUCGCAGUUUUUGUUAAUGCUGCAGCAUCAAAGCCCGCACAGGCUGAUCAGAGCCUGUCUUUGAAUUAAAUAGAAAAACCAAAACUAUUAUCUUUGGAGGUUUUUCACAGGGUUCAGACAUCAUAGGAAUAAUAGGAGUUACCUCCCUAUGCAGUUAAAAGAUUUAUCUUUUUUCCUUAAAAAGGAAGGGUGGCUUUGGGGGGUAUAAAUAUGUUUUCAGAUUCUAUACCCUAUGGUAUGAAAACCAUUACAGAAUUAAUAGUUCUCCUAGUUCCACAAUGUGCCAAAAGUCUACAUCCCAGCAUUUUGUUUGCAGGAGAGCUGAUGCCAUCCCUAAGAGCUGGACUCUUUGUUUCUCUUCAUCACAAGGAGGAGGAGUUCAGA